GCAUGCUAUUCACUUUCUCGACAUCUCACGUCCCACGUGGUACCCUCUCUCGGACAUUUUAACAAAAGCGAAUUCCUCUAGUGAUAUUUGUGCUUUAAUUUGGUAAUUCUGCCGGACGCUCAAUGAAACUGUACGUGCCAAACUCAUUGAUCGACAUGCACUUUAGAGUGAAACUAGUUGCAGCAAAUUAUUAUAGGGCACUUCAUCAUUUAAAUAACUUCCUGAAGGCAUCUCCUUACUUGCAGAGACUCGUAUUGAAGUUGCAGCUGUAUCUGGGGGAUCCAGCAUGGAUGGAACUUGGAGAAAUUGAGAAAGCAGCUGAUUGCCCCCAUAAUCACCUCAAGGUAGUAGAAAUAGUUGGCUAUCGAGCUCAUACAUCUGGUGUUGAACAUGUCAUGCACUUAAUAAAGAAUGUCCUUGCACUGGAGAAAAUUGUGAUUGAUCCUGUACGGACAUGGCAAUAUCCUCAUGGAGUCGAUAGGCCAGAUACAGACCUCGAUAAAGAAGUCAAGGCUAGAGACCAUGCUAAGCAAUACCUUGAACCAAAAAUCCCUUCAACUGUAGAAUUUGUGUGCCUGUAGUAUGUCCAUGUGGUCUAGAAUUGGCUUUGUAUGUAUGAUGAAUAAUCAGACAUGUCAUGUCCUUAAAUAAGAUUAGUUGUUUUGGCGAAGAAAAUUCAUUGCUCAUCUUGUUCUGCACUUUGGUUUUUAUUCAUUUUACCACCUGCUGUCUUGUGUCCUUUUAGCAAUAAAAACCUCUUUGUCC